AAAAGACUCUAGAGAAGUGAUCCAUCGAAUCGACAACGCAGGUUUUGGAAUUGGCUGGUCAGAAUCCUUCGAUGCUCGAAAUUGGAGCUUAGUUGGCGAUCAUACUGUACCUCCUUUAACCGUUGACCACCAUUCCCUCAACCAACAGCUAUCUGACGCCAGCCAGAAAAACCCCCCGUUUAUUGUUUUUCUUCUCGCUUCCUCCCCGGGCAACACAACGCUGUUAUUUUACAGUACAUUUCUACUUAUUGCCCCGCGUUUCAGUGGCUCAGACGAGACACUGAUCUAGUAUCCCUCUCUUGACCCAAGCCUGUAACGCUGUCCUUCGGGCUUUACAUAGCCGCCAUGGAAAAUUACCAGAAAAUCGAGAAAAUUGGAGAGGGAACCUAUGGUGUUGUUUACAAGGCCCGCGAGCUCACACAUCCUAACCGCAUCGUUGCCCUGAAAAAGAUUCGGUUGGAGGCAGAAGAUGAGGGCGUCCCAAGCACGGCCAUCCGUGAGAUUUCCCUGCUGAAGGAAAUGAGCGACCCUAAUAUUGUACGACUCCUCAAUAUUGUUCAUGCAGAUGGCCACAAACUGUAUCUCGUUUUCGAAUACCUCGAUCUGGAUCUCAAGAAAUACAUGGAGGCUCUUCCUGUAAGCGAAGGUGGACGCGGCAAAGCACUUCCGGAUGGGUCUGGAUUAAGCAAAAGCAUGGGCCUGGGAGAAGCCAUGGUCAAGAAAUUCAUGGCUCAGCUGAUUGAGGGUAUUCGCUAUUGCCACAGCCACCGUAUCUUGCAUCGAGACCUCAAGCCUCAGAACCUCUUGAUCGACCGUGACGGCAACCUGAAAUUGGCCGAUUUUGGACUAGCAAGGGCAUUCGGUGUUCCUUUGAGGACCUACACUCAUGAGGUUGUGACUUUGUGGUACCGUUCUCCCGAAAUUCUACUUGGCGGACGCCAGUACUCCACGGGCGUUGAUAUGUGGUCUUGCGGAGCUAUCUUUGCCGAGAUGUGCACCCGAAAGCCGUUGUUCCCUGGAGACUCUGAAAUCGAUGAAAUCUUCAAAAUUUUCCGACUGCUUGGUACACCGGACGAGAAUACUUGGCCUGGUGUCACCUCCUUCCCUGACUACAAGCCGACCUUCCCCAAAUGGAAGCGUGAAGAAACCCGCGCGCUUGUUCCUGGCUUAGAAGAAGACGGGCUUGAUCUCUUGGACGCCCUUUUAGAAUAUGACCCAGCACGACGACUCUCAGCUAAGCAGGCAUGCAUGCACCCAUACUUCCAGCUCGGUAGCUCCCACUAUUCUGGUCGCACCCGCAGGAACGGAUAUCACUAAAAGAGGUUCUCUUCACAUAAUAUAUUCAUGUGGGUGGCUACGGCAUAUUCAGGGCCAUGAUACUUAUAGCGUAAAAACACCCCCGUUCUCUUUUUCAUCUCUAUGCCUACCCACCGAAUAUCCCCGAUGCUGGUAUGCCCUUUUCUUUUCUUUUCUCUUACUUCUCGUCGUUCGGUUCACAGUUUUUUAUUGAUUGCCUUGUAUUCCCUCUGUUCAUGGCGUUAAUUAUGGUGCGAUGUCUGGCAGGAAAGAGAAUAGGUCACUGGAUAUUGCAAGGAGUGUUGUCUUGAUGUAUGCGUACAUACCCAAUUUUUAUUAACCUUUUCAAUGUACUUUGUAAGUCCCUAAGGGGGCAUAAGCAAAAAAAUAUUGUAAGCACCUGGGGCACGUGUUGAAUCACGGGUUUGCAAUCCCAUCCAUGGUCUCCACUCAGC